CAUGUUUACUUGCAUCAUGCCAUGUUAUAAACAGUCUCGUCAACGAGAACCAGGGUCAUUAAACACAAAGAAGAAGCUAUAAACAGUCAAGCCUAAGGCGUAACGGACAUAAUUUUAAAGUUCAAGAAAUUUGUAAGCAUGACCGACAACAAAAAUGAUAAGACGAAAGUCGAUCUCGGAUUGCUCGAAGAAGAUGAUGAGUUUGAAGAAUUUCCCGCGGAAGAUUGGACCGCAAAGGAUGAAGACAGCGAUGAUAUUAGUGUCUGGGAGGACAAUUGGGACGAUGAUGAUGUUGAAGAUGACUUCAAUCAACAGCUGAGGCUGUUAAAUUCCAUCUCGGAAAAAUGCAAUGUCUUUGGACUCGAUAAAGUCGUGAAGCUAUUUUCAGAUCUCAUCCAUUGAUUGGAAAGCACAACUAGAGAAGCAGAA